AAACAGUCAUGGCUGCUAGUGUAAAGUGGAUUUUGAAGGUACACAUUGCAGGGUCGUCUAGUAUAUCUUACUAAACGUGAGAGAGUUUGGAGGCUUGGUGCACUCUGUACAAUGGGUUCCACGAUAUCAACAGUAAGUGGAAAAAGGAAGCAUUCUGAGUGCGAGGAUGAAGAAGGAAGCCAAACUGAAGAGGACGAUGCCGUCGUUGAUGUUGUAAAGAGGAAAAGGUUGAAGGGCACCUGUGAUUAUAUUUAUCAGACGCUCUUUCUUGAUGGAGAGGGAAGUGAUGUGACAAUAGAGGCCCUUGGAAAAGAAUGGAAGCUUCACAGAAUCUACAUGUGCCAGUCAGAGUAUUUUCAAAGCAUGUUCAAUGGAUCAUGGAAGGAGUCUAAAGAAGAGCAUAUAACCUUGGAGAUUCCAGAUGAAAACAUUGAUGUUGAAGAGAAGUAAAAUNCAUUUGGUUCUUUGUACUGUGAUGAAGUGGCAGUCACACCAGCUACAGUUGUACCUAUCUUAGCUGCAGCACACUUGCUACAGCUGGAAGGUUUGUGUCAGCAGUGUACUGAAGCAAUGAUGGAGACGAUAAACAAAACAACAGUGUGUACAUACUAUGCUGCAGCCACACAAUACUGUGAGGAUCAGUUACAAACCAAGUGUGUAGAGUGGCUUGAAAGGAGAGUCACUUCUGAGACGUCUGUGACCCUCCUGAAAGACAUCAGCAUUGAGCUGAUGAGUCAAGUGAUAAAUUCUCAAGGGUUAUUUGUGAUGCAGAUUGAGGUAGAUGUUUAUAACUUGCUGAAGAUGUGGGUGUAUGUACGACUUCACCCUGACUGUGCAGGAAGCUGGAAAGAUGUACGAGAACAAGCCAAUGCAUACUUUAGUUCAAGGGCGUCUGAUUAUUCUGCUAUGAAUUGUUUUCUGGAGACUGAUGAGGGCAAGGUGUUUAUACCUGCCUUUAGAUCUAUAAGACUUCACCAUGUUGUCAAUGACCUGCGUUCGAUUCAGCUUCUGGACACAGACAGGAUUAUUCCCCAAGAUUGGCUGCAUCCUGUGUACAAAACACAGUGGGCUGCCAUGUUAUCAAUGUCCCAAAAUCGGGACCCUGGCCCGUCAGCCGAGAAAUUCGGAAGAGAUGCAAUAAGAUGUGGAAGGAUAUUGGAAAGAAGUUCAUCGUAUUGCUGGCGAUGGACAGGAUUCUCUUAUGGCAUUGACGUCAUUAUGACGUUCAGCCCCAAGACAAAGCAACUGUCACUCAGACGGAACACUUACACACAUCCGGUCAGCGGUGCAGUUUGUCUUCAUCAACAGAGGAACCUUUUAGUUCAAGUGUCUGCAGCAGCAUUCGACGUCAAGGGAUGUACAAGCUAUUACAAGUGUUCUGGACUUUUAGAUAUGACGCUAGACCCGGAUGAAGAAAAGGUUGUCUUGCAACUCGACCGGUCAGUGGUUUUCCCCCUGAGUAUCAGUGUGCACAUGGCGCUAGUUUCCGCCAAUAGCUGAAGAGUAUCCUGGAGCUGCGCCAACUGUUAUUCGUCAUGAAGAAACUAUUUGUCCAAAUUUAUCUUCUUGCACUAAAGAAGUUUGGACGAGUUAAAAAGAAGAAGAUAUGAAUAAGUAGAAUUUACUUUUUGUAUUAAAAAUAAAUGUGUAUUUUGUACAAGUUCGGUUUGGAAACCAAUAGCUGAGUGCAACAUUAUUUGUAUUAAAUGUAAAUGAAGUAUAAGUAUUGCUUGUGAAGGAUAAAAAAGUGUAAGACAAUUAUUCAAAUACACGUCUCUCUUAAGUAAUUUUAUGAAACUCAAAAAGACGUGAAAAUCGAGUAAAUAAUGAAAAUGGUAAUGAAGCGAAUUUGACGACACGUACUAAAAUUUUGACUUGAGAAUUUGAUUAUAAUAGUUCAUUUCCGCUUUGCUGACAAAAGGGAAUGAUAUGUCAAUAUGUAUAUCAGUUUAUUUAAAGGAAAGAAACAUGAUUCCUUGCUUUGUAAAAUUUGACGUUGGUAUUAAUUUCAAGUUUAAUUUUUGAAUUAUGCAAUUCGGAAAUUCCGGCAACUGACAUGAAAUGAACGAAAGUGUAAGGAAUGACAUGAAUAAAAUCCAUUCCGUGCAAA